AUGUCAUACGAUGCCUCGCGUCAACAGUCGGAGAUUGUUGGUGGUCAUCCGCAGUCGCGGGGCAUCAAGGCUGCAAUUCUUGACCUUACCAAGGCACACGUCCUCCCCCGGCCUAUCCUGCUUGAAGCCUUGACUGAUGCCUAUUUCAAACACGUCUACCCAUUCUAUCCGGUCGUCGAGAAGGAUGAUCUCGUUGGCCCUGAACCAUCCGUAUUACUUCAGCAGUCUGUUUGUCUAGCCGGGUCCCUAGUAUUACAUGACCUUGAGAGUGUCAAGCUCUGCCAUACGCAGUAUGAGAAGGUCAAGACCUUGAUAUACCUCAACUUUGAAGACGACACUUUAGCUCUGCUAAAGACACUUUGUCUGAUGACGUGCUAUAGUGUCCUUUCUACUGACCAGGUGACGUUUGACGGACCCUGGCAUUGGCUCGGCAUGGCCAUCCGCCUGGCACUGCAGAUGGGCCUUCACCAUAGCUCUACCUACGACCGGCACGCCAACCCAGGGUGCCUCCGUCGAAUCUUCUGGCAGCUAGUUUACUCAGAUAGGCUAGCCGCUUCUUGCUGGGGUCGCCCUUUAGCUCUCAGGCCCCAAGACUACGACAUAGCUCCCCUAGAUGCAAAGGACUUUGCCGUCAUAUCAACCGAGCCGCAUUUUCUGCCUGAGGCCCUGAAGUUGUCAGACACUAUGACCAUGAUUGUAGAUAUCAACAGCGGGCAAUCUCCUCUGAAUCAAGAGAGUGCUGCAGCCAUAGUCGCGCGGUUGUGUGACUGGAUUCAGAACCUACCUGAGGAGCUGCUACUCUACGACUCGUUAGGUAGAAGGCGGCCGUUCUAUCGCCCUGCGUGUGAUUUGCACAUCACAUACUUUGUUGUUAUCAUUCUCCUCCAACUCGCUGGUAAACAGGCCAAGCGGUCUUGUAUCGCGGCCUCCUCCUUGGCCGCGUCCCAUUGUAUCGCCCGUCUAUAUGAAGAAAUCCACUGCAGGGAGGAGACGGCCCGCCUCAUUCAGAUUCAUGGAUUCUUUUGCAUGGUCGCAGCAGUACCUUUGAUAUGUUAUCCUCGCCAACCACAAGAAGACGGCCUAGCAAGAGACGAAGCACUCGGUGUGAUCCGCCAGGUCUUGGGGAGGAUGAAAACUCGCUAUGGAGGGUCUGACCUUGUCCUGCGUAAAAUCAGCCGGCUUGAGAACGAUAUGAAGAAGGAAACUGAACAUGGCAUUCAUGAUCGGGCGAGUACCGGGGAGGGAGCUUCAAUGUGGGCAACUUUCAGCAUCCGGAACCGCCUAGACGAGCUAUUUUCCUUUCCAUCCUCUUUUUGUUGUCAUGUAGAUUUCUCGGACGUCGAAGGGACGAAUUGUGCCAGACAGCCGCCAACUCAGACCGAAAGCAUCCCGGAAAUCUCUCCUGGGAAUGAUCUGAACCUUGCUGAUAUCUUGACUUUGGACUUCAAUCUCUUCGAGAUGCCAGAUGACGAGGCAUUUGGCUUUGCCACGGGGGAUCUCCCUUGUACCUAG